AACUGUUUUAAUUAUUGACAAUAAUUGUGAUUUUUUUUAUAAACAAAUAAAGUGAAAAAAGUUUUUUAAGAAAUUCAAUAAGUUUUUGAGUAAAAUUGAAUCUAUUCAUAAUUUGCAACUAUGUCUCAUACAGCGGUGACCGUAAGGACUGCAACAGUUACUCGCACAAGUGGAUCCAGUAUUUUCUUAAACACAGGAUAUUUAACCACUUUCAGAGGAUUUUUGAAAGUUUUAGAAACAAUAUUGGGAGUUAUUGUUGUUGGAAUAAUGGGUCAUCACUUAGAUAAACAUCAUUAUUUUGUUGUUGGUGAUCAAUUUUUACUUCUUAUGGCCACAACCUUCAUGAUUGGAACAUUUCUGCUACUACUAAGUAGUUUUCUAUCAUUAACAACUGAGACAAUGUUGUCCAAAACUCUUUUCGAGGUUAUUUAUCAUGCAGUUGCAUUUGGUUUGUUACUUGCCUCAUCUUUGAAUCUUUUAAUAAAAGUUACCGAUAAUAGGAGAUAUUCUUCAGAAUAUGAAUUAUUGUUAGGAGCAUCAAUCUGUGGAUUAAUAAACUGCGCCUUAUAUUUCUGCAGUACAGUAAUUGCCAUUCGAAUGUACCGAGGUUUUUAAAUCAAACGUUCUGAUAUUAAAUUAACUAUUAUCAAAUAAUAUUUAUAAAUUGUGUUCUAAACAUGAUGUUUUUAUUCUGUUUUAUUAUAUAGUUUAAUAAUGAAAUUACCAGGAUACUUAAUAUACUAUAGCGACAAAUAAAUGUAUAAUAUUCAUAA